CCCCCCUCCGCUCUCGUGUAUUGAUAUGCUAUGAGCAGCACGUUAGUAAAUAGCAAAAGCAGUUGCAGCGUGCCAGGGAGAAGAUGGAUCGCCUGCGCUGUGUCUGCUGGCUCUGUGCACAGGAAGGAUCCCCCAGCCCACCAGCAGCUCAUCAUUCCAGCCAGGACCACUGCUGAUGGGAGCCGUCUGUGCUGCGGGCGAGGAGAGGACUGGGGCUAUGGACGGCCAUCUCUUCAUUGUUCAUCUCUAGGCAAGAGGUGCGGGAAGACAUACAACCUGCUGAGAAGAGGUGCGGGAAGAUACAGCCUUCAGAGAAGAGGUGCGGGAAGAUAUACAACCCGUGGAGAAGAGGUGCGGGACAAGGACGACAGCCUGCAGAGGAGAGGUGUGGAAAGAGACAGCCUGCGGAGCAUAGGUGCGGGAAGACAGCCCGCGGAGCAUAGGUGCGGGAAGACAGCCCGCGGAGCAUAGGUGCGGGAAGACAGCCCGCGGACCAUAGGUGCUUGAAGACACAUUCUGCAGAGCCUCUUCUUCUUCUUCUUCCUGGUCACAAAGUGGUAUAGACUCCGUUGUUGGGUGGGAUUGUCUCACUUGAGAUGCUGCAUGCUCUUCCACAGCUGGACUCUUCUUAUUGGGGAUGCUAAGAGCCCCGAGGAUCAUGAUGGGGGCCAACCACUCGCACAAAACUCCGGUGUUUGACGAGAAUGAAGACGUUAAUUUUGACCACUUUCAAAUAUUACGCGCUAUCGGAAAAGGGAGUUUUGGCAAGGUGUGCAUUGUGCAGAAACGAGACUCAAAGAAGAUGUAUGCCAUGAAAUACAUGAACAAACAGAAAUGUGUUGAAAGGGAUGAAGUGAGAAAUGUUUUCAGAGAACUACAGAUAAUGCAGUGCCUUGAACAUCCCUUCCUGGUAAAUCUAUGGUACUCCUUCCAGGAUGAAGAAGACAUGUUUAUGGUGGUGGACCUGCUGUUGGGGGGAGAUCUGCGUUAUCACUUGCAGCAGAAUGUUCAUUUUAGUGAAGAGGCCGUUAAACUUUAUAUCUGUGAACUUUCACUGGCUCUGGAUUAUUUACAAAGACAUCACAUCAUUCACAGGGAUAUUAAACCAGAUAAUAUCUUGCUGGAUGAACAUGGUCAUGUGCACAUCACAGAUUUUAAUAUUGCAACAAUUGUAAAAGGAUCAGAGAAAGCUUCAUCCAUGGCAGGGACAAAGCCUUACAUGGCACCAGAAGUGUUUCAGUCUUACAUGGAAGUGGGACCCGGGUAUUCCUAUCCUGUGGACUGGUGGUCAUUAGGAAUUACAGCUUAUGAACUCCUGAGGGGUUGGAGGCCUUACGAGAUUCACUCUACAACUCCAAUAGACGACAUCCUUAACAUGUUUAAGAUUGAAAGAGUGCAUUAUUCAUCAACGUGGUGUAAAAACAUGGUGGCGUUACUCAAAAAGCUUCUUAACAAGGACCCAGAGUGCCGCUAUUCAUCCUUAUCUGACAUUCAGACUUACCCUUACCUGGCUGAUAUGAACUGGGAUGCCGUUUUGGAAAAAUCUGUGACACCCAGCUUUGUCCCUAAUAAAGGAAGACUGAACUGUGACCCAACGUUUGAGCUAGAAGAGAUGAUUCUAGAGUCUAAACCUCUCCAUAAGAAGAAAAAGAGAUUAGCCAAGUACAAGUCAAGAGAGGCAGCCAAGGAAAGUUGUGCGCUGAACGGACACCUGCAACAGUGCUUAGACACAGUGAGGAAAGAAUUCAUCAUAUUCAACAGGGAGAAGCUGAAGCACCAACCAGAGCAAGAUGGACAAGCUUCGAGCACAGACAGCAGAGCACAUAGCCAGCAACACAUAAAGCCUCAAGAUGGACACACAACAAAUAACAACAUCUUGGUACAUGGCUGCACAAGAGGCUGUAGCAGCUAGUGGACAGUGACUGGACACAUUACAAUAUAAAGACAGUUAAGGAGCCCCUUUGCAUGCCUUCACUCAGAAACAUGGACUGCUCUUCAAAAUGUGAAUUAUUACCAAGUAUUCAAGCACAACUCUUAAAUGAGUUUGCUUAUGGGUGGCACUAAGAUUCCUUCUUUAAAAUAAGAACUCCAAAUGUCAAACUGUAACAAAUAUAAAAGACAAAACGUUCACGUGUCCUGGGAUAAAACUUGAACUUAUACUAAUUUAUUUUUUAACAUUUCUGAAUAUUAAGGCAGUGCUUAUGCAGAAAUUGAAGCAUCUAGAUUAUUUUUAUGCAAAGAAAGCUACAAUAUCUAGUUUCUAUUAAAAAGAGCUUUAGGUAUUUGGUAUUUGGCUUUGUAUUUGUGUAGCCUCCUUUUCUCUGUUAUAAAAUAUUGUAGGCUAAAGAUGGCUCACUGGAGGCUAACGUGUUCUCCAGUGGGGU